AUGGCAGAAGCCGUGAGCUCGAGCAGGGACUGCCUCCAGGCCGGCGAGUCGUGCACCACGGACCCGGUGUGCAGCGCCAAGUUCCGCACGCUGCGCCAGUGCAUCGCCGGCAACGGCGCCAACAAGCUGGGCCCCGGCGCCAAGAGCCAGUGCAGGAGCACCGUGAGCGCCCUGCUGUCCAGCCAGCUCUACGGCUGCAAGUGCAAGAGGGGCAUGAAGAAGGAGAAGCACUGCCUGAGUGUCUACUGGAGCAUCCACCACACCCUCAUGGAAGGAAUGAAUGUCCUCGAGAGUUCCCCCUACGAGCCGUUCAGCAGGGGCUUCGAUUACGUCCGCCUGGCCUCCAUCACCGCAGGGUCGGAGAACGAGGUGACGCAGGUGAACCGGUGCCUGGACGCGGCCAAGGCCUGCAACGUGGACGAGCUGUGCCAGCGGCUGCGCACCGAGUACGUGUCCCUGUGCAUCCGGCGCCCGGCCCGCGCCGACUCCUGCAACCGCUCCAAGUGCCACAAGGCCCUGCGCCGCUUCUUCGACCGCGUGCCCCCCGAGUACACCCACGAGCUGCUCUUCUGCCCCUGCGACGACACGGCCUGCGCCGAGCGCCGCCGCCAGACCAUCGUGCCCGCCUGCUCCUACGAGGCCAAGGACAAGCCCAACUGCCUGGCGCCGCUGGACUCCUGCCGGGAGAACUACGUCUGCAGGUCCCGCUAUGCAGAGUUCCAGUUCAACUGCCAGCCGUCCCUGCAGGCUCCCAGCGGGUGCCGGCGGGACAGCUAUGCUGCUUGCCUGCUGGCCUACACCGGCAUCAUCGGCAGCCCCAUCACCCCCAACUACAUCGACAACUCCACGUCCAGCAUCGCUCCCUGGUGCACCUGCAACGCCAGCGGGAACCGGCAGGACGAGUGCGAGGCCUUCCUGCACCUCUUCACCAACAACGUGUGUCUCCAAAACGCCAUCCAGGCCUUUGGCAACGGGACGUACCUGAGCUCGGCCGGGGCCCCCUCCAUCCCCCCCACCACACAGAUGUACAAGCAGGAGCGAAACGCCAACAGGGCCGUGGCCACCCUCAGAGAGAACAUCCUGGAGCACCUCCAGCCCACCAAGGUGGCGGGGGAGGAGCGGCUCCUGCGGGGCUCCACCCGCCUGUCCUCAGGGACCUCCAGCCCGGCAGCCCCUUCCCCCUGGGCAGCCUCUCCGCUCUGGGUGUGGCCUCUCCUCACUCCUGCCCUGCUGAGCCUCUCCGGGAUGUGAGGGCAGGGCAGGAACGCGCCGGGCACGGACUCGAUUUGUGUUGGUUUCUUUUACAAAAACGAGCAGAGCAGUAACUUUAUUUCGGGAGGAGGGAGGGGAUGGGAAGGAGAGGUGAGGUUUGGGCAUCCCUCCCUCGCUCCCACCUCCUCCUCUUCAUCCCUCUGCCAGUUUAUUUGGUUUUCUACAAUCAGCAUCGUCGACAACCGGCUCAUCCUUGGUCCUGGCCACCUUCCCACCCCACAGCUUGGUUGUUGUCUCUCCAGCUCUCUGUGGAUGGGGUUGGAGCCGUGGACAAUUCCCUUGGAAAAGAGGAAGGAGAGAGUUGAUCCAGGACACGGAAACUGCAAGGGAAAUGCUUUUGCCUGCCCCAUCCAGGAGGGGAGAGACUUUGGAUGGACGGAGGAGCUGUCAGGAGGUUUCCUGAAGCCCUGACUCGUGCUGGGGGGGCUCUUGACGGGACAAGUCAAGCGAUGUGGAGCUCAGACUGUCUCCAGGGUUGCUCAGGACCCGAAGGACGACCCACCUGGUUCCUUCAGACUGAAGAAACCAGAGCAGUGGGAAGAAGGUUGUUGGGUUUCUUCACCAGAGAGGAACCUGAAGCAGCUCCAGGGUGGACCAAGUCACCACACCCCGAACUGGUUGAUGGGGAUUUCUCCACCCUCUGGAAAAAACCAGAGUACAACCAGCAUGUAUCUCCCAGCUGCCACCCACACCCCUUGGGGCCCUCCUUUUUUUGGGGAACCAUGUGUCAUGUGUUGCUGGUGUUCAGGAAGAAUCACGUGUGUUGCGUUUUGGUCCCGGCUGGUUUCUCGUGUCCCGACCCCAGAAUCUCAAUCCUCUGCUCCUGUCAAGUGUUUGGGGUGGGUUUGUGUUUUUUUUUUUUUGUCACAUCCAAACAACCAGUGUUGUCCCACUCCAAGCUGAGCUCUCUCCAUCAGGGAUCAAUGUGUGAGCCCAACACAACCCCACUCUCACGUGCUGCCUGUGCAUCCAUCAGUCUCAGCCUUCAGCCAGGUUUUUUCCUGGGAAGGGAUGGACAGGAAAGGUUCCCAGAUACCACCCUGGGGACAGAAAAAUCAAUCUAAUUUGUGGACAGGCU